GCUUCCUUCCUUCCGGUUCCUCAGCCGCCGCUUCCGGUCGGAGUCGGGCUUGUGAUGCGGCUGUCGGUGGCUGCCGCGAUAUCCCAUGGCCGCGUGCACCGGCGGCUCGGGCUCGGGCCGCGCUCGCGCCUCGAUAUGCUGCGGAACCUGGUGACGGCGCUGGUGCGGCACGAGCGCAUCGAGACGCACUGGGCGCGCGCGGACGAGAUGCGGGUCUACGCGGAGCGGCUGAUCGACUACGCCAAGCGGGGCGACGCGGACGAGGCGGCCAUGCGCAUGGCUGACUUCUGGCUGACGGAGAAAGAUCUCAUCCAUAAGCUGUUUAAAGUGUUGGCUCCACGUUUCCAGGCUCAUUCUGGGAACUAUACACGACUGCUUCAGAUCCCCAAUCGAGAGAACCUGGAUCGGGCCAAGAUGGCUGUGAUCGAAUAUAAGGGGAAUCCUUUCCCACCACUCAUAGUUCUACACAGGGACAAUGAAAAGACCUUACUUAAUCAGCUUCUGAAAGGAUACCGUGAAGACAUAUUAAAGACCAGAGCUACCCAGGCCCCAGAGGGGGCUGCAGCCUCACUGCACACAGGAACUGCAGUGUAGUGCAGCAUUCUCUUCCCUCCUUGUAGUGUAUGCAUUGGGACACAGAAGAUUCCACUUAAGGCAGGAAUCGGACCCUCAAAUUUAAAUACUUGCCUCAUAUGAGAGCAGUGGGUUCAGGUCCCAGACUUACUUUGCAGGUGUCCUGGUUUCUGUUCACAGUUCCUGAGGCCUGGGUUUGAUUCUUGGUCUUGUUCUGUAGGAUUAUGCAGAAAGCAUGAGUUCAAGUCCCAGUUCUUUCUUUCUGUGGUAUAAGUGGAAGCCGAAUUGGAGGGGUAAAUGAUGAUGAGUAACUUAACCCUUGAUGGUCUCUGUAAAUAAAUGCAUCAUUUCAGAAAA